CGCGGUACCCGAGCUGAGCCCCGCCGCUGCCUUGACUACCAGAUUCCACAGGUAGCAGUCGGGCUACGGAGGCCGGGUGGCCAGAAGAGGCGAUCUUUGUGCUGAGGACAGACUGUUGGAGAGACAUUGGAAGUUCUCGACCUCGCAGCUUGUGAAGUGCUUUGAAGUGAAUAUUGAAGCACGCUGUCAAGGAAGGGAAAGAGUUUAAGAAACACGUGCAGUGGAGUAAUAUGAGCUGGAGUCAUAGACUCUGCGGGAAGACCCUCGGGGGAAUUGUGUGAGGAAAAGAAGAACAUUUAGACUCCCCAAGUUCUUCAUUUGCAUCCUUGUUGAAUCUAAGGCAAUAGUGAUAAAACCAUGGAUAAAGAUACAUCUGCUACGCAACCAUCCAGCUUACUUGAGAGGGAUCCUGCCUUUCAAGUGAUUUCAGUUCCUAAGGAAACAGGUCUAGGUCUGAAGAUCCUGGGUGGAAUUAACAGGAACGAAGGACCGUUGGUAUAUAUUCAUGAAGUCAUUCCUGGAGGCGACUGUUACAAGGAUGGACGUUUGAAGCCAGGAGAUCAACUUGUCUCAGUAAACAAGGAAUCUAUGAUUGGUGUAUCUUUUGAAGAAGCAAAAAACAUAAUUACUAGAGCAAAGUUGAGGUCAGACUCUCCUUGGGAGAUAGCAUUUAUCAGACAAAAAUCUUACUGUGGCCAUCCAGGAAAUAUUUGCUGUCCAUCCCCAUUACAAGGUUCAGAAGACUAUGGACCUCAAACCUCAGCAUUUCAUCUUCUCUCCCCUCCCCCUAAAACAUUAGUUCCAAAGACUUCAUCCACUCCCAAGACUCAGGACUCUACUUUACCUUCUUUUAAAGCAAUUCAGACAAAGCCUGGAUACAGUAAAACAGAGCAUACUCCAGUUACUCCUUUGGACAACAGCCCUACAGAUACAUCUACUCCAGAUAUUGCUCCUGCUUGGACUGAUGAUGAUUCUGGACCACAAGGAAAGAUUUCCCUAAAUCCUUCUGUUCGCCUUAAGGCAGAGAAACUGGAAAUGGCUCUCAAUUACCUUGGUAUCCAGCCAACAAAGGAGCAACAGGAAGCCCUGAGACAGCAGGUCCAGGCCGACUCAAAGGGGACUGUGUCCUUCGGAGAUUUUGUCCAGGUUGCCAGAAAUUUGUUUUGCUUACAGUUGGAUGAAGUAAAUGUUGGCGUUCAUGAAAUCUCCAGCAUCUUAGACUCACAGCUUCUUCCCUGUGAUUCUCUAGAAGCAGAUGAAAUGGGAAAACUUAGACAAGAAAGAGAUACUGCUCUGGAAGAAGGGAGUGUGCUUAAGGAGAAAUUACUUGAAUCGGAGAAGCAUAGGAAACAACUGAUGGAAGAGCUCCAGAAUGUGAGACAAGAAGCCAAAGCUGUAGCUGAAGAAACACGAGCUCUGAGAAGCCGGAUUCAUCUUGCUGAAGCUGCACAGAGGCAGGCGCAUGGGAUGGAAAUGGACUAUGAAGAGGUGAUCCGUCUGCUAGAGGCUGAAAUCUCAGAACUAAAGGCUCAGCUUGCUGAUUAUUCUGACCAAAAUAAAGAAAGCAUCCAGGACCUGAGAAAGAGGGUCACAGUUCUUGACUGCCAGUUGAGAAAAUCAGAAAUGGCUCGGAAAACUUUUAAGGCAUCUACUGAACGGCUCCUUCAUUUUGUAGAGGCUAUUCAAGAAGUGCUUUUGGAUAGUUCUGCUCCUUUAUUAAAUUUAAGUGAAAGAAGAGCUGUGCUGUCCUCGCAGACCUCGCUUCCGCUGCUGGGAAGAAAUGGACGGCGCAGCCUCCCAGCAGCCCUGCUACUGGAGUCCAAGGAGCUCAUUAGGUCUGUUCACGCCAUUCUUGAUAUGGACUGCUUACCUUACGGGUGGGAGGAAGCUUACACAGCAGAUGGAAUCAAGUACUUCAUCAACCACGUAACACAGACCACGUCCUGGAUCCAUCCCAUGAUGAGCGUCCUGAACCUGUCCUGCUCAGAGGAGAAUGAAGAGGACUGUCCCAGAGAGCUAACAGACCAAAAAAGCUGAUGGCUUUCCAGAGAAAUGGGGUUCCAGAGUCUUCUGGCUUUCCAGUCUGUGUGCACAACCAGACACAGGACACCACGCCCUGAGAAACAGGAAUCCAGCGCAUGCAAUGGGUGGCGUGUCAAGUCGAAACUGUGGUAUUUCCGUGUUCAUGCUAAAGAUCAGUUGCCACUACUGCAUAUCUUUGAAAAUAAUCUAAUUGCUUUUGUUGAAAUCAUAUAUAAUUAGAUUGUAUAUGCAUGUACCUUUUCAUUUACAGUUAGAUCUUUAUAACUCAGUGUAGUUCAUUGUUUGGUAUUAGAAGCAAUGGUUUUAUAUGAAAGCCUUAUAUUGAAAAGUUAUAUGAACACAGUGAACUACUUCUUUCUUGAUAAUUCCCCUCUCUACUCACAGCUUAGGAAAGUGAUCUGAGAAAGCUUGCAAAGAGUGCCGUACAGCUACCCCAUUAGCUGCUGAGUACAACGUUUUUUUUUUGUUUUGUUUUGUUUUGUUUGGGGGGGGGUUGGUUUGGGUUUUUUGUUUUGUUUUUUACCUAUACCUCAUUGGACACAAGCUAACUUACAUCAUAGGAGAUUUCUGUCAUUUAUAAAAUGCUUUCAAACCUCAUCUUACUUAAACCAAACAGCAUGGUUUAUCAGGCUCAUCUACCAGGCAUUUCUGUCCUUAUCUUCAGCUGGAGAAACAGUGGUUCUGAGGGACAGAGCAUCCUGUCCCGGGGCUGACACUCACUCCUCAUCUUCUGAGUCCAUGUCCAGGCUCCUUUGCCCUGCUCCCUACUGUCGCCACAGAGGGAAGUUGCAGUCCAGCAGAGCACCCUCAUUCUGUUGAUGCAGCUGGGUCCACAGCUGUGCAUUCCACAGCAAUCCAGAGGACACCUCAGAGUCAACCAUGGCCUCUUCAUAACCCCACUCUCUUCCUUCUGUGCUCCCCUUCACCGCUAGACACUCACGGCUUAUAUUUUCUAAUAUAGAGACAUGGGCCCAUAGCAGUGAUUUGUCAUGCUUGGGUGCCAGUUGCCAAUAGGAACAAACAAGGAGAGCUGAUGGAAAGGUAUCUUUUAAAAUUCUGCCAGAAUGCUUGUAUGAGAAUGGAGGCCAGGAGCCAAACAAAGCAGCCCAGCAUAGCUCAGGCAAGCCUAGAGCUCCUGAGAACGCAGCGUAAGAAUCUUCACUUAGAGGCAGUUUAUAAAAGAGUCACUGGGUGCCUAGAGUGAGCUGGCCCCUGUGUCAGCGUCAGGCACUAGCGCCCACAUUUUCUACUGAGGAGUUUCCCCUGUUACAUGGAUUGAAUAUGGACUAAACAUAUGGGCACUGUACUCACCCAUCCCUCUCUGACUACAUUUAAGAUUUGGGAUUUAAGCCGAAUACACUUAGGAUUCAUACUUCACAACAUGAGGAAGAACAUAAAGUCAAAAAGAGACCAUCAAGGAGUCAUGAACCCUGAGAGAGACAGAAUGGCCGGAGCAAGUGUAAGCCUCUCCUCACAGCUGUCUGGAUCUGAGGAAGCUUCAGGGAGCAGCUUUGAGAGCAGCUGAGGAGGGAGCUGUUUCCUCGUGUCCCCAAGAGGUGACUUGUCACUCACACACUUUUAUAAGAGAUUUAGGUGAAACAGAAGAUGUCUUCUAGAGAUCCCCUCCCUUGUUUGUAAGGGAAGCUGGGAUGGGAUCCUGAAGCAUGCAGUCUCUAGCUCAUGCAUGUUCGUGUGUGUGUGUGUGUGUGUGUGUGUGUGUGUGUGUGGCACUCACCAACUCUGCUGCUUAUAUCCAGUUCCCUCCCUGUUUCUAUUAAUUACAUAAUCAAAAAGACUUAUAAAAUCUAUAGUGCCAUUUCCUGAGCGCUCUAGAGCAUACAUUGCAAUGUACAAUGAACACAUAUUAGCUUACUGUCUUCUUUUGGGAGAUUUUUAGAUAGAUACUCCCUGUAUAUCCCAUCCUUGAAUUCACAAUUCCCCUGCCUCAGCUUCCAAAGUACUAGCAUGUUAGCAAUAAGUAUCUUCUUGAAGCCACCCAUGAGGCAAGAACCAUAGUGAUCCCCAUUUUGGGAUGAAGCAGAGGUUUAGGGGAAAGUGGUUGUUGCCCAAGGAUCCCACCAUGCCUUUGCAUUGAUGCUGGACCUCCAGGCAUGGAUACUAGAUCCCAGGGCUUCUUGAAAUCAGCUGGCAGAGCCCUUGGAUUUAGUCAGCCCCAGCAAGGCUCCGGCUCUCGGUCAUGAGGAACUUCCUGGUUCAGGAAAAGAACACCCAGGGAGAAAAUAGCAUUCCAACAGGUGUCUGUGCAUCUGAGCUUCUCACUCAAGCUAACCUGAUUCUGCCUCUGAAUUGGCAGAGUCAGGUGAACAGUCAUUGAGAGCCUUUCCUCUUUAGUCUCCAUGACCUCCAGAGCCAUAGAUACAGGACAGAUGCCCAGAGAACCCAAGAAGAGGGCUCACUGUGAGUGCUUUUCUAAUGCAGAUAGAACCCUGGUUCCUUCUUGGCAGUUGAUAUUCUUUAACUUAAAUUAGCCCUAUCACUGUAGCCGUCCAUCAGAAGAACUUCUCCUCUGACCCGCCCAGUACAUGUCUUAGAGGCACUGGCCAUAGUUGUGCUACAAGUCUCCCUUUCCUAGAGUGACAAGGGAAGGCCUGGCCGUCCUCUCUUGUGUGUUCCCUUGGAAUGUUCUUUGGCCACCAGCAGUGUGACCAGCUCUCAGGUUGCCGGGGCAAAGAAGGGCAAUAGCUGACCGUCUCUUGGGCUGUCUUAAAAAUAAAAAAAGAUUUUGAAAGUCAGAACUACAGUUACUUUUUAACGUCUAAAUUUUAGAAAUAAUUUAUUAUCCUUUCAACAAAAAUGAAAGUUCUGUGGAAAGAAAUUGAGUUAGAACGAAUAGUCCAUCUCACUUUCUAGAAGCUGCCAUCACCAAUAUUUCAGUGAAUAUUUUCACUCAAGGACAAGCAUGCCACCCUUAAACAGCUCACCUUUGAGUCAGUGUCUUGUGGUCAUCUCUUCAUAGCAGUAUAGGCAUUGCUGCUGUAUUUUGAAUGUCCGCGUGAGCCAGACAUUCGCCUCCCAGAAUAUUCAUCUCUGUGUUCAGCAACUUGCUAAUGAAAUCUUAGGCUAUCCUAAGUUCUUUCCUGUGUCAUGCCAAGCAUCUCUGUACUUAUUAAAGCACACAGAGUCCUUUUUGGGGUGCUUUCUUCAAGUGUCCCCGUUCUCAAAUGCUGGUGUCCAUCGUGUGAAUACAUUUGUAGGUGAGCAGCUUAUCAGAGAGCGGUCAAAGUUUUGUCACUGACAGAAGAGCCUGUUCAUCUAAAAAACCUGGGUGUUUCAAUCAUUAGGUUUCAGCAUUUCCUUAGCAUCCGAGACUGGCUUGCUGUGUAUAGGAGAGUCUGGCAGUGAAUAAUUCAGUGUUUCAAACGCAUCACUGCUCUCAUUGUUUUCUACUUUGCAUACAGUGAUGAGGAGGAAUGGGUUCUAAAUGAGCAGGAGCAAACUCUUGUGCAUACAGUACAGAAGCCUCCAUUUCUCCAUCUGUGGAAGUGUGGCCUCUGUCCUCAUACCCAGACAAUUCAACUCCUUACACGUCACCUGAGCACCUAUUGGAGCCUGGCCAUGCAGGGUGUUACCAGUCUAGAUCGGAAUUUCCAAAUCAAAGAGCUCAGUGUUUUGAUAUUUCUGCAUAAGCAAACACAAACACACACACACACACAUGCACGCCCACACACACCAUUGCUUUGGUUUUCUGUACAGGGUAAGAAGUUAGGGAUUUGUUUCCUAAGAACCCCUUCAAUUUGAAUAAUUCUGGAAAAUGUUGACCCCCACCUUGGCUAGAAAAGGGUAAGAAAGAGAGUGCUGGAAGGAGAGGCUCUCCAAUAACAAAUGAAAGGCAGCUGUCAAAAUAGAGAGUCAAAUAGCACAUGCAUAAAGUGCUUGUGCAAUCAGAAAAUAUUAUCCUUUUUCUAGGGAGAAAUAGGACAUUUCUCUAUGGUAAGCAAAAUGUAACUUUUUGAAGGGUCAACACACUUGACAUUUUUAUGAUACUUAUACAGAAAGAACUGAACAAACAUUAAUACAGCUUUCACAGUUUUGUGUAUAAUUUUCAAGAUGAUGAGAAGUACAGAAAUACGCCUGUGGAAUUUAAAGAAUUAAACAGAAUAUGCCUGUGGAGCCUAACUUUGGAAAUGUAAUACUCGAGAUGUUUUAGCCAUAGAUAUUCAUGUGUAAUAUCACUGUAUCAGUAAAAUGAUUUUAUAAAUACUAAA